UCACCACUGUCUAUUUGAUCUCUGCGCUCGUGCGUGUCCUCGAGUUAUGAAGGCGCGCCCCCGCGCUCCCUCAGGUAAAUGGGGAACGAGGACGAGUCUCAGUGAGCGUCUCUGCCUGAGCUGAAGUGACCAAAAUGGGUCUUCUUGGAGUGACCGGGACGCGGGUGUUUGUGACAAUCUGUCUGCUGUGGAUAAGUGGAUGUGUCUCGCAAAAAGUUUACUUUGACUGUGGAGCCAAGGUGGAUGUUUCGGAUGUCCAAGGUCUUAUUCUGUCACCCGGCUUCCCGUAUAACUAUUCAUCUGGCACUCAUUGUGUGUGGCAGUUCUUCAUACCCGCUGGCCAUCAGCUGAUUAUGGAGAUGUUUGAUUUCGAUGUUUUUGGGAGUCCCGACAGUACCAAUACAUUAGCAGACACCACCGAUGAGGAACCAACUGAUGAAAAUGCAGAGGUCUCAAAAAGCCUAUCUGUUGGCCAGAGCAUGGGAAGUUUUUUCAAAAAAGUCCCAUCUGCACGGAGAGAAGAGGUCAAGCAAGUGGUUGUUCAAGAGCAGUCCACCAAAAUGGAGAUGACCAAAGUUUCCAACUCUGACAAAAUGCUGUCUGAUUCCCCCUACGCAGUACUCUCAUCUCCACAAUCUUCUCAACAAUUAUCUGGAGCUCAAGACGAGGAUAAAAAGGUUGGGGAUUCUGUUUCACUCCAAGCAUCGAGAGCAGCCAGUGACCCUAUGGAAAAUAACGUCAACUUUGUCACUACCAGCUCGGAAACAUCCACCGAAAUGGACGAAGAACUGAGCCCUAACACCUUUCCACCAUUGAUAGACGCCUGUCCCCAAGAUGUCCUCUACAUAUCAGACCUCAUCACCUUCUCAUCUCGAUUCUGCGGCUCCAGACGUCCCUCUAGCAGCCAAUUGGUGUUUGGAUCGGAAGAUGACACGAUGGAGGUCGUCAUGGAGUUGAUUACAACCACUCACUUGGGGCGUGGUUUCGCUUUACUGUUUCAAUAUCAGAAUCAGACACAGUCAGCAAUGAUGGGGCGUCAGAAAUCUGCAUCGCUUUCAGAGGGCGGCACAGGUGCAUUGCUGGGAGCAGUUAGUGGAGCGGUUGUGUUUGCCGUGUGUCUCGCCGGCAUCCUCUGUGCGAUUUUCAGACCAAAACUGUGUGCGAAAGGAGCCACGACUGCUUCGUCCAUCAGCUCAGAGGUUCCAGGAGGAGUUUUGAAUUCAGCAGCAGAUGUUAGUGAACUGCAGAUGGUUUCUUCUAAUCGCCUGGAGCAGCAGACGGGUAAAGCGGGCGACAACAACAACCAUUCCCUCCACCACAGCCAGUCCCAUACAGGAUCAUCAGUAAAUGCAGCAUGUGAUGCAUCAGAGAAGACUGCUUUGGAGAUGUUCUCCAGUGGCCUGACUGAACUAGAGCUGGGCACAGAUGAGGUGUUUGUGAACAUUUCUACACCUGCUUCAGCUAAAUUGCCCUUCUCUGCACACACACAACGAGACCGUUUCCUAAGACACAGUGACACAGGACCCAGUCGCCUCUUUGAUUGGUCAUCUCCAGAUUCAGCCCUGCCUACUGUAACCAAGAGCAGUCUUACUGGAUCAGCAAACAGCACACGACCAAGAGCAUGGAGCGUACGAACCUUCCAGGAUCUCAUUCCUCCGCUUCCCCAACUUCAUAAGAAAUGGUGUAGUUGGAAUUCAACAAGCCCCUUUACCAAACUGGUGGACAGUGGACUUCCAAGCACAGUUACAGAUGGUGGAAGGGCAAAGGUCCUUUCAGACGUACCACCUCAGACUCCUGAUGAGGGCUGCCACUCGGACUCCUUCAUGAGCAACGCUUCAUACCCGCUGACUCAGCCUGCCCAGCGCCAACGACGACUUAACUCCACCAGCAACCUCCGACGUACCCGUUUCAAUCCACCAUGCUUCGGCCUGCUCUCUGGAACAUCCGAGUCCUCCAAGCCACAGGGGUCGAACACUGUAAAUGGAAUUACAAGCUCAAAUCAGCUGUCUGAGACCACCAGUGCCAUCUCUGGCCAGCAACAAGCAUUAAGUGCUGAGGACAACCAUGUCACUGUGCCAGUGUUUGCUAUAUCAGAAGAGGAAGACCGACAGCCUCUUGUUAUAGCCGAACAUCAUGAUGAGCCUUUGAGGUUGAACAAACAGAAGUGCGAUGGGCCAAACAUGCCACUUCUGUCGAAAGGCCCGGCCCCUACCGCCCAACCAGAUGAUCACUUUCUAGUGAAGGGCGAUGGUCUAACUGGAGGUCAGAGUGGGAUGUUGUUUCUCGAAAUAGAGGGUCCUUUACCUCUCUCGUGUUAACAGUGACUCAAAGAUAAGAAAAUAAAAUAAAGAUGUUCCUUAUGCCAAUCAGUGCCAUGUGGUUGAAAUAUGGUGGUCAUGGUCACAUGGUUCAGCCAAUAGAUAGGCCAAGAAGAGAAGGUGCCUUGUAAUCCACAUGGAUUUAUUAUGAAAAAUUGGAAAGUUCAUUGAAAAAUAUUUUGUGUUGGAGCACUUAUUGUUCUUCUUUGGUUGGUAAAGCCAUCACUUCUGUAUUCACAGGGUUUAUGUAAGUAUAAAAUCAUCUAUCAGUAUAGUUUGUAACUUUUAAUUGUUUCAAUUGUGUAUAUAUAUGAAUGUAACUAUGAACACUUAAUGUUCCAUUCACUAAUAAGGGCGAGAGAUUGAAGUUGGACUGACUGUAUUGUUACUUCAUCAAGUUCCUUGUUUGUUCAGUGAACAACACAAAUGUUUCCUAAUCCCUUUGAAACACGUAGAAGACCAAUUAACAGGUUUAGCAGAAAGCUGCUUGAUAUCCCUCACGUUUCAUUUGUUUUUCUUUCCUUUCAAAACAAGCCCAAAACACUUUUACUCCUUCAUAAGUUAAAGUCUUUUAUAUUUUUCAUAUGACUUAACAAAGAAAAAAAAAAUUUGUUAAAAUAUGCUUUUGUUUGAUUGUUCUAGUUUGUAUGUUUCAUUGUCACGAUUGUUUCUCAGUUCCUUCAUGUUUCUCCUGUAGCACUUCUUAUUGUGCCUUGUGGCAACUAUCUAUGCUGCUAAAUAUGUACUGAUGCAAUAAUUGAAAAUGUACACAAUCAUAUUUUUAUAACGUAUUCAAUUUCUUAUAUGCUGCAACAGUGUUUUCAAUAUUCAGUAUGGUAUAUUUGUAUCUAACUGUGAGACAUGUUGGUUUAUAAAGGGAACUGAUCACUCUACAGACCUAUAAAAUGCAGUAACUAACAUUUAAUGCAAAUAAAUGUUUUUGUACAGUGAAAUUUUGUGGGUGCUGUAUUCCCAGGUGGA